UGCAAGUCAAUCUUAGCUCUCAGUUUCAUAGAACAUUAUGUCACUGCACUGGGCAUUGGAAGUUACUCUUGUGAGCUGCGUUAUUUUUAGUAACGUCGAUGCUGGAUCAUAUUGUGGACAAAACAGAAUGUUUGCCUGUGUACCUACUCGUUUUUGUUCCGAAACUCGCGGCAUACCAUCAAAUUACAAUAAGCACUGCUUCUCCUUCGAAACUUGCUGUGAUCUCAAUAAAAUCAUUUUUGGAAAGCGUUACAGUGGAGGACAAUUCCUGCCAGGUCCAUACGAUCAAAGUGUUUAUACCAGUGAGCUUCCCAAUAAUACAGGUGGAAAAACAUCUACCACAAUAGGGGAAAAAUCUGUUGUAGUUAAUAGUAACAAUCGUGACAAUGCAAGGAAAACGGCUACCACUUAUAAUCCAGGUCAGACUGCCUCGCAGAAAGUGCAGAUUUUUACUACAGUACAAAUAUUUUAUUGAAGCUCUUACUUAAAAUAAUAUAUAUUAACUAAAAUAACCCAACUCAACUCAACCCAAAUAAGCGGUACAAAUCGUUAAAUCUACUGGAGAAAGUGAAAGAGAGGUCUAGGAAAGAGAGGGAGAGUGAUGGAGAGAAGGGACAGCUAGACCGCUGCAGCUGUCACC